AUGCACGGACGGCCUCACCUGCGGCCCUUGUUGGGUGACCGACAAGUUCGUGUUUUGCGUAUUCUCUCUGAAACUUGUAAGAGAACAAGAGACGUUGUUUACAGCUGACGAUGCUCGGCGGUCACAAACGUGGGCAAAGCGAGAGCAACUUGCCGCUGAGGUCCGUCGUUGACGUCAACACGGAGUCCAACGAGUUGCAGGUUUCUAUUUAAAAAUUCCUCUGUAUAAAUUUCCUGCUUACCCUGCGCAAUUAAUCAUUAUUACCAUUAAUACAUUUUUUUUUCAAAAAUUUUAAGCUUAUCUUUUUUUUAUCAGUGUUUUUGUGAAUGCGCAUUUAUUACAACAAAAAAAAAUAAGAAUGCAUAGAAGGCGCAUUCAAAGAAACACUACGCACGCACUGAUGCAAUGAGUUUUUUAACUUGAAAGAUAAUAAACUCUUGACUAAGCUAACGUAGAAGGAACUAUUCUUUUAAAAACUACUCAUAAACAUCAUUUUUUUUGAAUGAAUCUUUGGUGGAGGACUCCAGCAAAUGAUUAAUUGAACAAAAAUUUUGAACUUUUUGUUGAGGUACAUUUUUAGCAUGACCUCACUCCCACCCCUCUAUCAUACAGCAGAAAUGCAAUGAUCUAAACUUUAUACUGAUUGAAAAAACAUUGUGACUUUGCAGGUGAUAUCAUGCAAGAGUGUCACACGGACAGGAUCGCCGAAAAAUAACGGUGUCAUAAUAAACAUCGAUCCAAUCGAUCCAGAACCGACCCCUGUUCACACAGCCAAAGAGGUUUUUAUCAAAAUUAAGAAAAAGAAAUAAAGUGAUAAACUAACCACUGCAAGAGCACCAAAAUGGCAGAAAAAGUCGACGUACUUUUAUUCCAAAAAGAGACCACAAGACCGUCGCAAAAGCGAAUAUCAACUAUCAUGUGAAUUUUAACAUUCAAAAUUUUUCCGCGUCUCGCACUUUCGCGCGUUUUAUGUCUUUUUCCGAACACAAUCGUUCUUUUUUCUUGAAAGCGUGCUCGAAUGUGAUCAAUUUUAUCUUUUGUUUUGUCGCUUUGCCGAGUCAAAAUUGUUUUCAAAUGCCAUAAACAUUGCGAGUGUAAUUUGAUAUUGAAAUUCGUAAACAACGGCCGAACUGUUAAACAGAUACUUUGUUCUCUAUAAUUCUGAUUCUGUAGUUCAGUCUUCAUGUUUUUGAGAUUAUGUAAGAAAAAAUGAGUUGCAGAUCGUACAGAUUGUUUUGAAUCAGUUUUUUCCUGAAUCUUAUUUAAUCGGAUUUUUCUUUUCUUCUUGUUUCAGCAAUAAUGAUUUUAGAGAAAGAUUCAGGACGAUAUGAUUCUGGAAGCGAAUUCCGAAGGUUUCAAGACGUUCGUCGCUUUUUUGUGCCUGAUGGUAGCAGCUUUUUUGAACUUCUUCCUUUUGACUGUCAUCCACGACGUCGUGCCCCGCCAACCGUUGCCCGACCUCACCUGGAUGAUCGUCCCUCAGCAACGCUGGGCUUGGAGCGUUGGCGACGUCCUUUCCACUUUCAGGUCAUUCUUAAAUUUUGUUGUGAAGUAUAAUCCUGAUUCUGGAAUUUAUUACAAAAUUGCUCUCCAUUGAGGAUUUGCCGUCUAUUGUAAAAUCAUUCAGUUUUCAUGAUUAAUUUUUGAUCUUCAUGUUAAACUCGAAAGUAAUUUAGCUGCCAAUUUUCGUAACCAUACUAUUUUCUAUGUUAAAGUUAACGAUGUGACGCCAUUAGCAACUGCCAUAUAAAAAGCAUUUUUUUAAAUAUUUUUGAAAAAAAUAUGAAAAAUCCAGAAUUCGCAUUGAAUAAAUGAAAAAAACUUUGAGCGGAAAAAAACCAAUAAAAAUUUUUUUCAGCUCUGUGGUUGGCUUCACUGUAAUAUUUUUUUGCACCACCAACGACUGGUCGUGCUCCGACGCACUUUUCUGCUCGGGGCCAUUUUAUACGGUCUUCGGGCUGUUGUACUUGGAGUGAGAUUUUGACAUUAUCAACCUUUUCGUUUUUUAAGUUAUUAUUCCUUAAGAUUUUUUGAAGUUUUUUUUUAGCUAGAUACACUAAAUUAAUAACAUGUCGUUCUCAGUAACAUCUUCCUUCCUAGUUUCAGCAAAAUAAAAAUUGGUAAAUGACUCUCCACAGAGUUUUCAUAGUUAUUUAACUUCAAACAAAGUUGAAAAAGUUUGAGCGUUUUUUUUGAUGGAAAAUAUGAAUAAAAUAUUAUUUGAACUGAAAUAUCUGGAAGAUGUUUCCAGGUCACUUAUCUCCCUCCUUCUUUCGAAAAUCGCGAUGAAAUCUGCCAGCCACAAGUAAACCGCACAGCUAUGUAUGGAAUGGAGAUAACUACAAGGUGAACACACUUUACAUAAAGUUCUUCAAAAAAUGUUUAGGUUUCUGACGUACGUGAUCACGUUGGGAUUGACCUCAGGUCAAGAAAAAAUCCUGUGCGGAGAUUUGAUGUUCAGCGGCCACACGGUGGUACUGACCAUUAUGUACUUUGUACAGCUGCAAUACACUCCCAAAGGCCUCGUCUGGCUGAGGUACCCUUAUUUUUUUCUUGAACCUAUUUAGGAGAGGUGAUAGCCUUCAAAACCGCUCUUUCCAAAAAAAUUUUCAAGAAAGAUAAAUUUUACAGCAUUUUUAUCGUGAAAAAUGGCAUAGAAAACAAACUCUCACCUUUUGUGAUUUGAAGGUACCUGGCCGCUCCGAUAACUUUCUUCGGAAUCGCGGCUCUGGUAGUGUCGGGAGGUCAUUACACAAUGGAUGUUCUGAUCGCUUAUUGGUUGACAAGCCACGUCUUCUGGGGCUAUCAUCAGAUGUUCGAAAUGCCCAAAGACAUCCGACCAGAAGCUCCAAUGAGCCGGCUUUGGUGAGUUGUUUUUCAGCGUGUUUUGCUUCCGAUCUUUCGACUGAUCUCUUCAAAAUGUAAAUAAAUUUUUAGGUGGUUUUGGUUGUGUUAUUGGUUCGAGUCGGACGUGCGAGAGGGACGCCUUACUAAUGAGUGGAACUGGCCUUUCAAGGGUCCGCAGCGGAUCCAUGAAAUCAUGGACGCAGUCAAUCAGAAGUUGCAGUGA